AUGGGUGCAGGAGCAAGCGCCGAGGAUAAAAAGUCUAAGGAGUUGGAGAAACAACUCCAGGAGGAUGCCGAUAAGGAUUCUAAGACAGUCAAGCUAUUACUGCUUGGUGCUGGUGAGUCAGGGAAGAGCACCAUUGUAAAACAAAUGAAGAUUCUCCAUCAAGGUGGUUACACAAAAGAGGAACAGAUGGAGUUUAGAAGUAUCAUCUUCGGCAACAUCUUGCAGUCUGCUCUGGCUAUCAUCAGAGGCAUGGAGAUGCUGGGCAUUGAUUUUGGCUCACCCAGUGCACAGGAGGAUGCACAGAAGCUGCAGAACUUGUCAGACUCCAUUGAGGAAGGCACAAUGCCCAAUGAGCUGGCUGACGUCAUUAAGAAACUGUGGAAAGACAGUGGCGUGCAGGCCUCCUAUGAUAGAGCUGCCGAGUACCAGCUCAACGACUCUGCUGGCUACUACCUCAACGACAUGGACAGAAUUUGCCAGCCAGACUAUCUCCCCACCGAGCAGGAUGUGCUGCGAUCCCGAGUCAAGACAACUGGUAUCAUUGAAGAACAGUUCUCCUGCAAAGAGUUGCACUUCAGGAUGUUCGAUGUGGGUGGCCAAAGGUCAGAGAGAAAGAAGUGGAUCCAUUGUUUCGAGGGUGUGACCUGCAUCAUCUUUUGUGGAGCCCUGAGUGCAUACGACAUGGUGCUUGUAGAGGAUGAUGAAGUGAACCGCAUGCACGAGUCCCUCCAUCUAUUCAACAGUAUCUGCAACCACAGAUUCUUUGCGACAACCUCCAUCGUGCUCUUCCUCAACAAGAAGGAUCUCUUCGUAGAGAAGAUCAAGAAGGUUCACUUGAGCAUCUGCUUCCCAGACUAUGAUGGGCCAAACACAUACGAGGAUGCCAGCAACUACAUCAAGACACAGUUCCAGGACCUGAACAUGAAGAAGGGUGUGAAAGAAAUCUACUCCCACAUGACCUGUGCCACAGACACAGAGAACGUCCAGAUUGUGUUCAACGCCGUGACGGACAUCAUCAUCAAAGAAAACCUAAAAGACUGCGGUCUUUUCUAA